AUGGAUAACCAAAAUGGAAGCGAACGUACUUGAGGUUAUACAACAAUGACAGAUUUAAUUCAAAUCCAGUUUUAUUUCCCUUAAAAGAACUGCGCAUAGCACUAGUGUGUUAAAAAUUGAGCAUCUGCCCUAUUUCUGACAUAUCGAGCGACAUGAGUAAGAUGUAUUCAACAACUAACCUUUCUGAUAAGGAGUUGAAAGAACAGGGGAACCGCUUGUUCAAUUUGCACAAAUAUGAGGAUGCAGCCAGUUGUUAUACAAAAGCAAUCGUAGGUAUUGUUCGAUGACUAAAAGCAAGAGAUAUUGGAUUAUUAUAUCACGUAUCAAAAAUCCAACUCAAGCUACAUAUUUCACAAAUCGUGCCUUGUGCCACCUCAAACUCAAACGAUGGGACUCGUCCUGCCAAGACUGUCGAAGAGCUCUUGAUAUAGAUCCCUGUCUAGUCAAGGGUCAUUUUUUCCUAGGCCAAGCACUUCUUGAACUGGAACUAUUUGACGAAGCUGUCAAGCAUCUUCAGAGAGCGGUGGAUCUAGCCAAAGAACAAAAGUUGAAUUAUGGAGAUGAUGUGACAGCUAUGCUGAGGCAGGCAAGAAAACGGCGUUUUCAAUUGCGGGAAGAACAAAGGGUGGCGCAAGAUAUUGAACUGCAAUCUUACCUUAAUCAAUUGAUCAUCCAGGAUGCCGACCGGAACAUUGCUAGUCUUGAGGCCAACGAUAGUGAAGGCACAGAGAAUGAGGAAGAAACAGAUAGAACAGGAACGACGAAAGAACAGGUUGAAGAGUAUCGGGACAACUGUAUUGCUCACCUGAACGACUUAUUCGCCAAAGUGGAUGAACGACGAAGAGUGCGGGAAGUACCAGACUACCUCUGUGGCAAGAUCAGUUUCGAAAUCCUUCAGGAACCAGUGAUAACGCCGAGUGGUAUCACCUAUGAACGAAAAGAUAUCGAGGAGCAUUUGCAGAGGGUGGGUCAUUUUGAUCCUGUGACGCGAGUUCGCCUGACCCAAGAUCAGCUCAUACCCAACCUAUCCAUGAAGGAAGUUGUUGAUGCAUUUCUUCAAGAAAAUGAAUGGGCACUGGAUUACUAAGUGUCGUGCAAGAUCUAACAAAUAUUCACGGACCUGUAAUAUCAUUAUUCUAUAAUAUAUCACUGUAAUUACCAGCUGUACUAUACUACAAGUUGUACUAUAGCACAAGUAUAAGGAACUCUCUAAUCCAAA